UAAAACCAAUAGAAAACUCACUUAGAUCUAGUCUUGCUAGUUCUAGUGGCGGAAAAUAUCAAUUGAGUCAAGAUGAUGAUUUAAAUGCUAGGACUGCUAGUUUGUCUAGAAAGGUUGAAGCUAUAGAAUUAAGGAAAGUAAAGGAAGUUAAACCCGUGCAAAAUGAUGAAAUUUGUAGCAUUUGUGAAACUUUUGGUCAUCUUACGCAUGAUUGUCCUAACAUUCCAGUUUUCAAAGAAGUUUUACAUGAUCAAGCCAAUGCUAUGAACACUUUCAAAAAGCCUUUUUCUUCGCCAUACUCAGAAACAUAUAAUCAACAAUGGAGAAAUCAUCCCAACUUUAGUUGGAGAGAUGAUAAUCGUGAUCAUAUAUCUCAACCUCAAGGGCUUUCAAAAAUUCCUUCUUUUCCACCACCACAGUCAAAGACUCUUGAGGAAACAUUGCAGUCUUUUAUGCAAGGACAAGCAAAUAUUAAUAAUCAAACUUUACAAGCCAUCAAUGAAAUUAAGAACACACUUUCUUCAUUGACCUCUUCUUUGCAUUUUCAAGAGAAAGGCAAAUUUCCUGCUCAACCUCAACCAAAUCCUUCUCAGCAAUAUAAUGUAAAUGCUUCUAGUUCUUCUGAAAGUCAACAACAAAAUGCCAACUCCAUCACGACUCUUCGUAGUGGAAAAAUUAUUGACAAAACCAUCCCUUCAAAAGAACUAAAAUCUGGUGGUAUUUCAAAGCAAGAAAAUGACGUUUUCAAAAGUGAGGAAAAGAUCAUUUCUGAACCUAUUGUUGAAAAAUGUCGUAUUCCAGCUCCAUUUCCUCAACGAUUGCAACCAAUUUCAAGACUCAACCACAAUUCUGAAAUUUUUGAACUUUUUAAACAAGUCAAAAUUAACAUACCAUUAUUGGAUGCAAUCAAACAAGUACCUUCAUAUGCAAAAUUUUUAAAAGACUUGUGCACUGUUAAGAGGAAACUUAAUGUUCAACAAAAAGUAUUUUUAACAGAGAAU